AUGGAUUUUUCUCUACCUGAAUCCUCCUUCAGUUACAAAAGCUGUCCCGAGCCCCAAAAAAUCCAACAAAAAUUCAAAGAAAUCAUCUCAACAUGUCCAAGAAAUAGUGAAUGGACAGCCUUUACUGAUCUUUUCCAGUAUCAAGGCUAUUGGUACACUCCUAGGUUCCUAGAAGGGAUCGUAUUAGCUCAACAACAAUUCCAGGCUCAGCCACAUGAUAUCAUCUUAUGCAGCCACCCGAAAACUGGCACGACAUGGCUCAAGGCUUUAGGUUUUGCCAUCAUGAACCGAGCCUGUUUGGAUGAUUCAAGAUCAAAUCCUUUGUCUGUCACCACACCACAUGAAUGUGUUCCUUACUUGGAGGUGGAUCUUUACCAAAACAAACCUAACCGAUAUCCGGAACUCCCUCUCCUAGCUACACACCUGCCAUACACUUCCCUUCCUGAAUCCAUAAUAGCAUCUAACUGCAAACUUGUUUACAUAUGCCGAGACCCGAAAGAUGUGUUCGUUUCUUUAUGGCACUUCUUAGCCAAUGUGAAAUCCAAGGAGAAUGGACACUUCCCUCUAGAAAAGGCAUUUGAGUUGUUUUGCCAAGGGACAUCCAAAAAUGGCCCUUAUUGGGACCAUGUUUUAGGGUAUUGGAAGGCAAGCUUAAAAUGGCCUGAGAGAGUACUGUUCUUGAAAUAUGAGGAGUUAAAGAAGGACCCUCAUUUUCAUGUCAAAAGAUUGGCUAGGUUCAUGGGCUGCCCUUUCUCUUUAGAUGAGGAGAGGGAGGGUGUGGUGCAGAAGACAAUAGAAUUGUGUAGUUUUCAAAAUCUGAAGGAAUUGGAGGUGAAUAAGACCGGAAAAUACUCGAUUUUUUCUUCUGUGCAGGUUGACAACAAGAAGUAUUUCCGGAAGGGUGAGGUUGGAGAUUGGAAGAAUUGUCUUACAGAAGAGAUGAAAGAGCGUUUGGAUGAGAUCGCAGCACACAAGUUAGAGGGUUCUGGUUUCACAUUUGAUUUCCAAUAAAGCAUUGUUUGGCUUGCAGGUCAUCUUAAGAU